AUGGCAUCAAGUGCUGUUCUUGCAGGACGUGGAAACUCAGGGGAUGCUGUCCGUGUAGUGACAGACAUUGCGGCAAGCUUGUGGGACGGACACGUUUCGGCUCUUGAUGAAACGCACUUCUGGAGACAGCCAGUUUCUGAUUCUGAUUUUUCAACUUUGAGCCCAAUGGCUGUCAUUGCCCUCGUCAAAUGCUUUGUACUGGAAUGGAGUAAUGAUUUAGAUUACCAGAUGUACCAUGAUCUUCCAUUGGAACUGUACCUCGGCUAA